AAAAAGCUUCUCUUUGGCGGUCGCACAGUUUAGUUUUAGUAGCAGCACAACUUCUCCGAAACAAUGGCAAUGUGUCCAAAAACCAAGAUUGUGCCGCCAAAGUCGCACCCCAAGCCGAAGUCGAAACUCAAUAAGCCCCAGCUGUCGCAUCUGCCAACAUGGAUUCCGGAGUCUCGCCUAUUUUCCACGUCCGUAAUGGAUGACAUACUGCAGCAUCUGUAUUCGGACACCGACAAUCUGACCCGUAAGGACCGCAAGUCACUCGUUCGCCUUGAGAGCCUGUGGUCGACGAAGUUCAACGCGGAGGCCCAUCGUCCGGAACCAAAUCCACGUCCGCUAACACCGCCGCCAGCCCAGAAGCCACGCAAGUGGGCUCCACGGAAGCGGAACAAUCCUGCGGUGGUCAAAUUUAAUUACGUAGAUAUCGAUACUCUGCCGGACCACCAGGUGGUGCCGCAUAAAUUGGGAAUACCGCGCCUGCGUCCGCACUGGAAGCUGACCAAGUUCAUGAUCCACCUGCCGGCGUACAUUUUCAAGCGCCAGAUACUGGAGAAGAACAUCACCUGGGAGAUGCUGGACAAGCUCAUGGCUAUGGACCCUGCCAGCGGCACGGUCUUCUUCCAAAAGUUUGCGGACGAGGUGGUCAAGAAGAAUCCCUUGAUUCCGGCCAGAGAUAAGCCUACAAGCUCACGGGCUUUCAGAACUCUGCAGCCUCUCAAUGAGCUUCCAUAGUAGCUAUUCAAUGCUAUCCAAACAUUACAUGUUACAUGCAAACAUACAUACAUAUGAACAUUAUAUGAAUUAUAAAGUAAAUAGAAUGUAAAAUAAAAAAUAAGCUAUAAAAAAAC